UUCUCACAAUUUUUCUGUGGAUCGAAAAGUAGUGUUUCUGUGAAAAUUAAAUUUUCGUAAUGAAAUGUUUUGUAGAGUAAAUUUGUGUUCAUAUAAAAUAGUACUUGUGCAAUUAAACAUUAUAUAAAUCUAUACAAUAAAAUGAUAAUAAUUAAACGACUGUAAAAUUUUAAUCUGACAACUUCUUACACAUUAACAUUAUAAAUGGGCUCAAGUAGAACUAAAAUGACGCUACUUUUUUUACUUUCAUGACUGAAGAAACCUUCCGCCAUCAUGGUGUACGGUAUAUUAUAAUAUGCAUCGGUGGUUAUGGAGGAGUAAAAAUACGUUCGAAGGAAGAUGUGAAGGCGGUGAAGACGUAUUACGUUUUGUGCCUAUUGUGUUAUUUACAUUUCAUUACGUUUCACAAGUAAAAUAUGUAUUAUUAUCAAAGUGAAUUGCACAAGUUAACACCGAAGUGCUAAAUGAAGUUAAAUAGUGUAAUAAAAAUGUAUGUAUUCUAGUAUAAUAAGCUAAAAAAUUGAUAAAAUCUUGUACAGUUUCUUUUACAUUGUUAAAAAUGUCAACAGAAUAUAGCAGAGGUGUUUUAAGAAUGGUUGUUGCCCAAAUUUGCCAGACAAUUGGAUGGCAUUCUAUUAAUUCUACGCCAUUAGAAUUUAUGGUUGAUCUUAUGCAAGAAUAUAUUUUACGAAUUUCUAAACUUACUCAUCAGUAUGCAGAAAUUUUGGGAAGAACGGAAGCUAAUAUAAAUGAUUUAGGUUUAGCAUUUCGCCACAUGAACAUUGAUGUGCAAGAAUUGGCAGAGUACAUUAAAAAUGUAGAGUCUGUUCAAUGUUCUAUAGCAGUACCUAAAUUUCCAGUCCGACGAGAAAAUCAUUUGAACUUUCUAAAACCUGGAAGUAGAGAGGUUGUAACAAGGCCAGUACAUAUACAUGAACAUUUACCAGCUAUGUAUCCUGGUACUGAAGAAGAGUAUGUGGCAGAAAAAUCAGAAAAUUUAGUAAAUGGUACCGCUGAUGUAGCAUCGAUCAAUACAACACCAACCAAUAAUUCUACAAAUGCAUCUCCACACAGAAUGUCACCACAAGUAGUUUUUAAGCGACCAGGCGAUCCUGUUUCAUAUGAAAGUCCUAUAGUGAAGCGUGUAAAAGUAUUAGAAGAAGGCAGACCGUUGCGUGAAAUUCAUAGUGUAAUGAUGACUACUUCUGGUUUUUUAUCACCUGCCCGAGAAGGAAAAUUGCCUGAAGCAAGAACACCUCAUCAAACUCGCUCAGAUUCACCACAGCCUAGUUCUUAUCCCAUGGUACCACCCGAAUUAAAAUAUGAUAAGAAACCUAAAAAGAUUAUAAAGAAAGGAUUAGAAGACGGUAAAAUCGAUAAAGAGAAUAAAAAGAAAAAUCGUGCUAAAGAAUUAUUUAAACCAGACAAGAUAGAUAACAAUAAAAUUAAAAAAUUAGCUGGUAUGAAAGAAUUAGCUAAAUUAAAACCUUUGAAGCCUGGAGGUGGAAAAGCACAAUGCGCCAUGCCAAGUUCAUCGAGUAGACCAUCAACUCCAAAACUAAUGUCACCUAAAGCUAGUGGUAGUCCAAAAUUGCAAAAAGUUGCACAACCAAAGGCAAAAACAGAGAAAGUAAUUGAUCUUGUCGAUGGAUCUACAGCGGUUGAAAGAAAGGAGGAUAACAUUGAUAAAUUACCAUCAGAGCCGGAUAAACAAAAAUUAAAUAUUUUUAAGAAGAUUUCAAAACCACGGGAGGAUAAGGACAAAGACAUAUCAGAGCAACAUAAAUACAAGGAACUCGAUUCAAGGGAAAGUUCGCCAGGUUUAAUAAUAGAUGAAAAUAUUGAUAAGCAAACAAUUAGUAAUGAUAAUGAUGCGAAGAGAGAAGAAAAGAAGACACCUCAUACACCGGAUGUCCACCUUCAACCUGACGGAGGAGAAUUAACUGAUGUACCAAGUCCAGGAUCUGAUGUGUACAUGUUUGAUGAUAUGUCUCCGCCAGGAACUCCGAGUACGCCAAGAACCCCUGAACUAAAUAUGCCCACUACUCCUACAGAUCAUAAGAAAAAGAAAAAAGAAAAGAUCAGUAAAAAGAAGGAGUUAAAAUCAAGAAGUCCGAAACGUUGCGUUAGUCCGAAAAAGACAAAGCUUACCAACGACGUUCCAGAACUGGAUGUAUUAGAUCGGCCAAAAACUCCACAGGCACCUGAACCUCAACUGUCGAAAGAUCCAAGUUUCCCGCUUCCGUUUCCAUUUUUUCCGGCGUUUCCUCCGGCACCUGGUUUAAUACCACAUCCUAUGUUCCCCAGGUUUCCGUUACCUUUAGGAAGAGGUACUACUGGUCCCCAUCCAGCAAUGCCAAAUUUACCUUUACCGCCUCGUUUUCUAAAUUUACCACAAAAAUCAGAAGAUUUGUCAACCUUACCGAAACAUAAAUCUGUUGAACGUGAGAAACCUUCUUCAGCACCUUCGUCUACCGAAGCUAUGCCUUCAGUAACAAAAUAUGAAAAAAUAGAGAAAGAAAAAGGAGAUAAACUAAAGGUGGUUAAGCAGGACAAAGAGAUUGUCACACCAGUUCCUACAAAUACUGUUGCACCACCAUUAUCAUCCGCACUUGCAGCACCAAUUACGUAUUCUACACCAGUACCUAUCGUGCCGUUAUUACUUUCAAAAAGUCCCCAAAUUGAAAAACCGGAUAAAAAUGAUAAGAAAUUAAAGGAACAUAAAAAGGAAAAGAAAGAGAAAUUAAAGAAGAAAAAAGAGAAGAAGGAGAAACAUAAGGAGAAAAGUGAAAAAAUAAAAGAAAAGAAAGAUAAGAUAGAUAAAAAAGAAAAAUUAGAUAAAAUUAAAGAAAAGAAGGAAAAGAAAGAUAAGCGAAAAGAAAAAGAGAAGGAAGAUAAGAAUUCAGAAGCUGUGCCAAAAAUAACACUAAAAUUAGGGACAGCUUCUCCAAGACCACCAACGCCUGAUAGUACUCCGAUGAAAAAGAUGGAACUGUGUUAUAGAACGAUAAAAACAUUGCUGAAGAAGCCUGAGGAGGAAACAAAACGAGAACCAAGUCCAGAGUUAGCAAAAAUAUCAGCACUAGUAACGCGACCACCAAAACAAAAGUUGGCAAGUAAGAAAACAGAGGAGGGAACAUUAGAUGGAAGUCCUGUUCUUCCUACAGAUACUUUCUCUGCUAGUCUUACUAGUGUGCCACUUGCAACAGUUCCUCGAGCAAAGAAAUCUCUCUUCAAAGCCUUACCUCCAAGAGAGAUUCCUCACUUUGAUCCUGCUCCCAAAUUCCUACCUCCUAUGACGCCACAACAACCACCAUAUUAUUAUAGACGAAAGCAGAUGCAGCUCUUAAAAAGGAUGAUGCUAAGGAAGACAAAGAAAAUGGCAGGAUCGUGUUGCCCCCAACACCGACCACUACUGUGGAUCAAGGUGGUACUCAAGUUUGGAUAUGUCCUGCUUGUGGCAACCAGGAUGAUGGAUCUCCUAUGGUUGGUUGUGAUGAUUGCGAUGCCUGGUAUCAUUGGGUAUGCGUUGGUAUGCAAGUGCCACCAGCUGAAAAUGAAGAUUGGUAUUGCCGCUUUUGCAUAGCGAAAAAACAAGAGCUUCAUCACGAUAAGAAGAAGAAAAAGAGGAAGAAAAAGGUGAAAGUUACUGCCUAGUACAAGCUACCCGGGUCUUGUGUAAGAUCCGGCAUAGCGAUUCAAACUGCAACCAAAGUUAAAAAAGACAGCAAGCUCAGUGUAAAGAGUAUAAAAAACAAAAAAUUACCGAAAACUGAAAUGAAAUUACAAAUGAAAUCAUUAAAAGAUAAAUCUGUAUCUACUAAGGGAAAGGCUGGAAAGACUAUCGUGAAAGUUAAGGCUGUAAAGAAGAAAAGUAAAAAGAUAAAAGAUAGUGCAAUUCAGUUGAUUUAAAAAAAGAAAAUGUUACCUUUUGUGAUCGUUAAAACAGAUUCAGAUAAUUUUAACACGUUGAUAGCUAAUAAAAAGAAAUUUAUACAAA